AUGUCAGGGUGGGACGAGGGACAGGUAUUCUACAGCAACCAGUCGUUCCCCGAGUCGGAAGGGCCGCCCGGCGACGAUGCGCUGGGCGACGCGGGAAUCACGCGAUACGCCGCGCAGAAGAAGCUUCGCGAGUUCGUGCGAAACUUCCACGAUCCGCAGUAUCAUGACCGCUUCAUCUACAGGGAGCGGCUGCAGGAGGGCGGGGGCGUGCUGGAGGUGGAUUUGGAGGACCUGGCGAGCAAGGAGGAGGGGCUGUGCCGCCUCAUGCGCACGCGCCCCGCUGACAUGCUGCCCCUGUUGGAGGUGGCAGCAGCUGAGGUGGCAGCGAGCGUGCGGCAGAAGGUGAUGGGGGAGAGUGGGGAGCUGGAGGAUGCACGAGUGCCGCCCGUGCAGGUGCUGCUCAAGAGCUCCGAGGACGCCAUGCCCAUCCGUGCUUUAACGGCGGCUCAAAUCUCGCAUCUGGUGAAGAUCUCGGGCAUUGUAAUUGCGUCCUCGCGCGCCAAGGCCAAGGCGACGUCGGUGGUGCUCAUGUGCCGCUCCUGCAAGAACGUCAAGGCCAUCCCCUGCCGCCCGGGCCUGGGAGGCGCCAUCAUCCCGCGCACCUGCGACCGCACCCCCCAGCCAGGGGAGGAGCCAUGCGGGGUGGACCCGUGGGUGGUGCUGCCGGAUAGGAGCGAGUACGUGGACCAGCAGACGCUCAAGCUACAGGAGAAUCCCGAGGACGUGCCCACGGGUGAGAUGCCGCGGAGCGUGCUGCUGGCGGUGGACCGCUCUCUGGUGCAGCGCAUCUCCCCCGGCACGCGCAUCACCGUGUUUGGCAUCUUCAGCAUCUUCCAGGCCUCCGAUAAAACCAAGUCGCGAGGGGCCAUGGCGGUGGCAAUACGGCAGCCAUACCUGCGAGUGGUGGGGGUGGAGAUGGCUGCGGAUGGCGCUGCCAGGUCCACUGCCUCCUCCUUCACCACUGACGAGGAGGCGGAGUUCAAGGACUUCAGCCGGCAGGGCGACGUGUACGGCGCCAUAAGCAGCCAGAUCGCGCCGUCCAUCUUCGGCCACGCCGACAUCAAGAAGGCCAUCGCCUGCCUGCUCUUUGGCGGCGCGCGCAAGCUACUGCCAGAUGGCGCAAGGCUGAGAGGCGACAUCAACGUGCUGCUGAUUGGUGAUCCCUCCACCGCCAAGUCCCAGUUCCUCAAGUUUGUGGAGAAGACGGCGCCCAUAGCGGUGUACACAUCAGGGAAGGGCUCCUCUGCUGCCGGUCUCACCGCCUCCGUUAUCCGCGAUGCCUCCUCUAGGGAGUUCUACCUGGAGGGCGGCGCCAUGGUGCUGGCAGAUGGUGGUGUGGUGUGCAUCGAUGAGUUCGACAAGAUGCGCCCUGAGGACAGAGUGGCGAUUCACGAGGCGAUGGAGCAGCAGACGAUAAGCAUCGCCAAGGCGGGCAUCACCACCGUCCUCAACUCGCGCACCUCCGUGCUCGCCGCUGCCAACCCGCCCUCCGGGCGAUACGAUGACCUCCGGACAGCGCAGGAGAACAUUGAUCUGCAGAGCACCAUUCUGUCGCGCUUCGACCUCAUCUUUGUCGUCAAGGACACCCGCGACUUCAACCGCGACCUCCAAAUCGCGCGGCACGUGGUGAACGUGCAUGCCAAGGCGGAUGCCGUGGUGGGGCAGGCAGACGAUGCCAUGGGCGGGCGGGCAGCCAUGGGGGACGGACCUGCAGGGGCGGGGGGCGUGGGGCACACGGGGAAGGAUGGCGAGCAGGAGAACUGGCUCAAGAGGUACAUCGAGUUUGCUCGCACGCGCUGCUCCCCGCGGCUUUCAGAGUCGGCAGCAACGCUCCUGCAAAACAAUUAUGUGCAGAUCCGGCAGAACAUGCGGCGGAGGGCAACGGAGACGGGGGAGGCGUCAGCGCUGCCAAUCACGGUUCGCCAGCUGGAGGCCAUCGUGAGGCUCUCAGAGUCCAUGGCACGCAUGCAGCUCUCCCCAGUGGCCACGGAGGAGCACGUCACCGAGGCGCUGCGCCUCUUCCAUGUCGCGACGCUGGACGCCGCCCGGUCGGGCGUGGUGGACGGCGCAGUGCUGACGGAGGAGCAGCGGCGCGAGGUGCAGCAGGUGGAGGGCGCGGUGCGGCGCCGCGUGGCCAUCGGGGGCUUCGUGUCGGAGAGGCGCCUGCUGGAUGACAUCACGCGGUCCGGCAUCAGUGCGGCGAGCGCUGCUCAUCAUGGUGGCACGGGGAGAGGUGGAGUACCGACGGGAGAGGAGGGUCAUCUACCGCAAGGUCUGACCACCGCUUCUACUGCUGCUCUCACCACCGCUCUCACUGUUGGACUCACUGCUGCUCUCAUUGCCAUUGCAACUCUGACUACAGUACAACCACUGGUCUAG